CCUCAGACCUCGCUUCGGCUCCGAGCGUGAGGAUCCGCCCCGAGCCGGCUCAUGGGGGUCGUGCAGAGUUUCGUUUCAGAUUUCUUCGGAGGGACGCCCACUUUAGGGUCAAACAUGGUAAUGGAUGAGGUCACUUUGACGAUCCCCAUCAGUAAAGAUGCCUAUGAAGCUCUUAAGAGAAGAGACAACUGUCUAAAUUAUCUAAUUUCAAAAAAAUUUGCUUGUGCGUUGGCCUUUGGAAAAGUAACAAAAAGUUCUAUUGAAGUAUACAGGAAAAAAGUAAGGUUGGGCAUUGACGUUUGUGUUUAUAAGGAUGAUCUCACGAGACACAAGGCUGAUGCUGUGGUGAAUGCAGCCAAUGAGUAUCUUGAUCAUGCAGGAGGUCUUGCUCUUGCCCUUGUAAAAACUGGAGGGCCAGAAAUAAAAAAGCAAAGCGAUCAUUUUGUUCAAAAAAAUGGAAAAGUCAAAGUUGGCAAUAUAGCAGUGACAGAUGGAGGGAAGCUUCCUUGUAAGAAAAUUAUUCAUGCAGUUGGUCCAAAGUGGAAUCCUUAUGAAAAGGAAAGAUGUUGUUGCCUACUUGAGGAAGCUAUUUGGAAUGUUCUGCAAUAUGUCAGUGCUUCAGAAGAAGCUUUAAAGUCUGUGGCUAUCCCAGCAGUGAGUUCAGGUAUCUAUGCCUUCCCAGUUGACUUGUGUUCUCAAGUGAUUGUAAUGGCUGUAAAGAAAUUUGUUGAGACAAGUCCACCAAGCUGUCUCAGGGAAAUCCGCCUGGUGAACAUUGAAGAGUCUACAGUUGCAGAAAUAAAGAAGGCCUGUGAAAAGUUUCUGGGUGAUACCAGUUCACUUGAGGACAUAGUGUCAGCUUCAGCAAACCAGUUUCCAGCUCACCUCAAACAUGGAAACAUUCGCUUGCGCAUCGUAAAACAACACCCUGAAAAUCUGAAGAAUACAGCCAUUGUUAACCCCCUGAAUGCAAAGGGUGAGCCUUCCUCUCAAUCUUCAAAACAGCUGCUAGAAAAAGAGGGUCCAGCUUUUCAGAAGGAACUUCAGCAACACCUUAGAAAUCCAACACAUUUUAAGAAGCCCCUAGUAACCAAAAGGCGUGAGCUGCCCUCUACAUUUGUACUGCACGUGGCAUUGAAAUGCCAGCAUCCUGUGUUACAGUGUGAGGAAUUGAAGGAUGCCGUGAAAAGAUGUCUGGGUCAUUUUCAGGACCACUCAUCUCCCUCAGUUUCUUUUCCAGUAACUUGGUCACCAAUGCUGCCUGUUGACAUAGUGGCAGAGACCAUGAUUGAAGCAGUUUUAAAUUUUGCCAGGGAAUAUCCUUCAAAGAAGAGAGAAGUGCAGUUUGUCAUUUGCCCAGAUGACAAUGAUGCCCAUGAGGUUGUCCUGAGAAAAUUUUAUUCAGCAAAACACAAACUGGAAAACAGAAGUGAUCCUUUAAGUACAGAGGCAGGCAGUCGGACUGCAAGCAGUGAACUCGUGAUUGAACUUAGAGGGAACACACCCACAGCACUGGAAGCAGCAGAAUCGUGGCUCCAAAAUAUUGUGCAGAUUCAGGGAGGUUGCCAUGCUGUUAUUGAAAACAACUACAUUUUUUGCCUUGGUAAAGAGGAGUUUGCAGAACUCUCUCUCAAGCGGCCUUCUAGUGUAUGUGUGUCAGAAGAAGUGAGAGAUGGACAAGCAAGACUGGAAUUUCAGGGGCCUCCUGAUGUUUUGAUUGAUGCGGUGCUCACAACUGAAGAAUUACUGCUUCAUAUGCAAGAGAAGACUAUAGCUGAUCAACAGAAACUGCGCUACUCAAUAUGCCAACAAGAAGCAGACCAGCUUUCAGGAGACUUUCACAAGACAAGUACUGCUGACUACAUCAACAUUUCACCAGUAGAAUGUCACCUCCAGGAGUUUAAAGACAGACAGAAAGAGUUUGAAAAAGCUGGACUUCGUGUUCUCAGGAUUGAAAAGAUACAUAAUCCAUUUCUAAGUGCUGCAUUCCAACAACUGAAAAAAAAAGUAGAUGGUAGCUCCAAAACAACUCACAGGUUGUAUCAGGCUGUUCCUGCCGAGUUCUGUUGCUCAGUUUGCCAAGUUGGAUUUCACAGGAUGUAUUCUACAUCAAAAGAACAAAAAUAUGGAGCUGGCAUCUACUUUACAAGGAACCCGAGGUACCUGACCAAGGGUAAAGCUACACGGGAAAUGGAUUCCAAAAUGUACGUGUUUGAGGCUGAAGUUGUGACUGGCACAUACACUAAAGGCCGCCCAUCUUGUAUUAUGCCACCAGCAGUGGACAGCAAUGCCUUUAUGUUAUAUGACAGUUUAGUAGAUAGUUUGUACAGUCCUGAGAUCUUUGUCAUUUUCAAUGGUUUUGCAGCCCUUCCACAGUAUUUGCUGACUUGUUCCCCAGUGACUGAGAGGUAUGUAGCUCCCAGAAGAAAUAAGCAGGAUCCUGCUUUAACAUUCUCCUAAAGCAGAAUCCUGCUUUAAUCAGUGGGAUUAAAGGAGAACUAUAGCUAUGGUGAAGACCCUCUGAGAAUGAAGUCUAGUGCUUAGAUUUAAGAGGAUGCUCUGCUUAGUAGUGUGCUAUGGUCAGAGUGCUUCCUGAAAAGCAGUCUGAAAUAUUAAUGAACAAAAUAGUUAAAUUAAUAAGGAGAUUAAGGCAAAAUUACAUGUGAAUGGAUGCAGAAGGGAAAGCAUUCCAAAAUACAAUGUAACAUUUAACAUACCUGGUCAUUUACUUAAUUCCAUAAAGUGAUCUCAGUUUGUGGCAGUAUGCUUGAUGUUUGUGUAGGCUCUCCUUCCACUGCAUUUUCUUAAGCUGAGAUAUUGCAUAUGUCAGGGAAACACAAGAAAUCUUGGUUUUGCCUUUUGAGUCUUAAGUUUUCUUUUGACUUAAGAUAGGAGAAUGUAGUAAUGAUUUUCUAAUUAGGGACAUGAUAUUAUAUACAGUUUUAACAAACCUGAGACAAUACUUCAUGAUUCCUUACAGUGGUUGCUGUACAGUUUUUAUUAGUUAUUUCAAGCAUUGUAGAUUCACAUAUUCAAAAUAAAAAGUAUGAAUGUCA